AUGGUGAUUGAAAGUCAGUCAUACAGGAACAUAACUCAAGAAGCAAUGCACUCCGCCGUGCUCUCAUCAACACUGUUUAUAUUAAUUCUCUGGAACGUGGCUUUCUGUCAGUUUCUGGAUGAGAAGUGUCAUGGAAGGGACACCUCCAUGCGCCAGAGAAUAAUUGGAGGACGAGACGCCACAGUGAAUUCAACUCCUUGGAUGGCUGGCAUUUACAAUAUCACAAAGGAUUUUAUUUGCGGCGGAUCGUUGAUUACAAAAACACAAAUUGCACCGAUCUGCAUUAUUUUGGAUGAAGGCCUUACCUCUGCGGGAAUCGAUAGAUUUGCGGCCUACGGAUGGGGUAAAACCCAUCCAAAUAACAGAGAAGGAAGCCAAAUACUGAAAGUCAUCUUAUUGACCCGAAAGAAUACACAGGAGUGCUAUUCGAGGGGGGAGAUAGUUCAACCCUCUGAUAAACUGUUCUGCGCUGGAGCCGAUGGAGGCGACACCUGUGGUGGCGACUCUGGUGGUCCCCUGGUAUCAAGUACAAGGUACAUGGAAAGGGACAUCCGAGUGCAAUUUGGAAUCGUCAGCUACGGCACAUUGUCUUGUGAUGGUAAUGGUGUCUAUACGGAUGUUAUGUCCUAUAAAAACUGGAUAAAAACCCGCACCUCCGGACAAUUUGAUGAGAAGUUAGUUUUGUAUGAUCAGUGUGGGAGCAGUUGGUCCGGAGGGGUUAAUAUUCGCCUUUGGGAAGUCUCUCUAUUUGAACAAAAUUUCACGGGCUCAUUGAUCACAGACCGUAAGUAA